CCACCCUCUCCUCUUUUCGUGUGCAAAAUAUCUUGAGCGUGUACAUCGGCGCAACUUUAUUGCAUAAGAGGAAAAAUUGCUCAAACAGUUCGUCUUCUUCCGUCAAAUUUUUCACACCUGAAAUUUUCGCUCGUCGGGUUGAGAAAAAAGUUACAACGCGUAAAUGUUAACGGAUAAAAUUUAUAAGUGCGUGGAAAACGUGACUUGAAAAGUGCAUCUAGAUCUGCGCGUGCGAAAGGCGCAACAAUCGCCUCCGAUCCCUAGAUGUAGGCAAGCACAGUUGCACUAUAUAUACGAUAUACACUGACGUUUUGCAGCCAGCUGCUCAUAUAUCGUCCCGUCUCUGUCUUGCUUUACCCACACUGCACUAUCAGUACACACAGCGCUAGUACAUAGACACUCGGCGGUAGCAGCAGCAGCAGCAGCGAACGGAGCAGACGGCUCGCGUUCUUGCCAUGCUGAUAAAUGAGUGCUCCGUUGCCUACUGCUUGGGUGCUGCUGCUACUGUAACUCCGCGUCAGCUUCUGCAACGGGAUGCAAGAACGUCUCGUUAUAAUUACACGCGACAACCCGCAGAAUCGUCGUUCAUGUCAUCAUCGCGCGCGCAGUGACCCUCGAUGUUCUAUAGCCGCGCGUUCGCUAGAUUACUGAGGGCUUGGCCGGGUAGGCAGACCUUUGGGCCGUAUCGCUUUCUGCCCGUCUUCUUUGUGGCUGGUGCCGCGCUGGAAUACUUGAUGAUCCACUGGCAUGCCGGAGAGGUUAACUUUUACAAAACAUACAAGAAGCGCCGAGUCGAGGAGAUCUGCCAGGAACGCGAGAAGCUGUCCGUGUUCCAGGAGCACGACAUCCAGAUACGUGUCAAUAAGCCAAUUCUCAGUCAGCUUCAUCAGUGAAUCAGCGUGACCAAUUC